GCUGUGCAGAUAUGGCGCAUGCAGAAGCAGCAGGUAGCUGAAAAGAAGGAGGUCAAAAAGGAUAAGGAAAAGGAGAAGCGAGAGCGCGAGAAGGCGGAGAAGCGGAAAGAAGUGGAGGCCAAGUUGGCCCAAGAGGAGCAGGUCAGACAG